AUGGCUGCUGCUUUUGCUGCAUUUCAUUUUUGGUUGCUUUCCUGCCUGGCUGUGACUUCCUUGGUCAGGGCUGAAGAUCAUGACCAAUUCAUUUUCAAUAAUGGCUUCCUUAAUGCUAAUUUGCACCUUGAUGGGAACGCCAAGAUCCAGUCCAAUGGUCUAUUGCAGCUCACCAACACUUCAAAAAUAGUGGUUGGUCAUGCUUUCUACCCAUCUCCAAUAAACUUCAACACUUCUUCCCCAAGUUCAGCUCGAUCUCUUUCAUUCUCCACGAAUUUUGUAAUUGCCCUGGUUCCUGAAUGGAAUGUUAGUAGUGGCCAUGGCAUUGCCUUUGUCAUCUCACCAUCUAUGGAUUUCAGCCAUGCUAGUGGAAGUGAAUAUCUAGGACUCUUCAGUACUACAAACAAUGGAAAUUCUUCAAAUCAUGUCUUCGCAGUUGAGUUUGAUACUAUCGAGAGUCUUGACAUGGAAGAUAUAGAUAACAAUCAUGUAGGUAUUGAUGUGAAUAGCUUGAUAUCCAUCCGAUCCACAACAGCAGCAUAUUAUUCCAAUGAAGAAAGGGAGAAUAGAAGCUUGGAGCUCAUAAGUGGACAUCCAAUACACGUUUGGGUAGACUACAAUGAUGGAGAAAAACUACUCAAUGUAACCUUGGCACCAACGACGAGCCCAAAACCAUACCAGCCUCUCUUGACAACAUCAGUAAAUCUGUCUGAUAUUCUAGUUGACACUAUGUAUGUUGGUUUCUCUGCCGCAACAGGUUCAAUUGCGAGUAACCAUUAUGUUCUGGGAUGGAGCUUCAAUAGAAGUGGACAAGCACAAAGCCUUGAGAUAUCAAAGCUUCCAGAACUUCCAACUCCAUCAGAGGUUCCAAAUCUUCCCAAAGCUGGCAGAAGAAGAAAAUUAGAUCAAUUGUUUAUGAUCAUACUAGCAGUAGUUGUGCUGGUAAUGAUCACUGGAGCAGCAUAUUUUCGCUGGAGGAAGAAAUAUGAAGAAAUAAUUGAAGACUGGGAAAAGGAGUAUGGACCUCAAAGGUUCUUGUACAAGACUCUCUACAAAGCAACCAAAGGUUUUAAAGACAAACAACUUCUUGGAACUGGGGGUUUUGGAAAGGUAUACAAAGGUACACUUCCUUUUUCUGAUGAACAAAUUGCGGUCAAGAAAGUAUCCCAUGAAUCAAAUCAAGGGAUGAAGGAAUUUGUUUCUGAGAUUGUUUGCAUGGGAAGGCUAAGGCAUAGGAACUUGGUGCGGCUUCUUGGCUAUUGCAGGCGAAAGAAAGAACUCCUUUUGGUCUAUGAUUAUAUGCCAAAUGGAAGCCUUGACAAAUACCUCUUCAAUGAUGACAAUCCAAACCUUAAUUGGUCUCAAAGGUUUCAAAUCAUCAGAGGGGUGGCAUCCGCUCUUCUUUAUCUCCAUGAAGAAUGGGAACAAGUUGUUCUCCAUAGAGAUAUCAAAGCUAGCAAUGUUCUUUUAGAUUCCAAUCUAAAUGGACGGCUAGGAGAUUUUGGCCUUGCCAGAUUGUAUGAUCAUGAUAGUGAUCCACUAACCACACGCCUGGUAGGCACAUUAGGAUAUCUGGAUCCUGAACUUACUCGAACUGGGAAGGCUACUAAAACUGCCGAUUUGUUUGCUUUCGGGGCUUUUCUGCUAGAGGUGGCUUGUGGGAGGAAGCCUAUAGAUCCUAGCUUAUCCCCCGAAGAGAGGUUUCUAGUUGGGUUGGUCAGUAGGUGCUGGAAAAGAGGUGUUAUUCUCGAUGCUAGUGAUCCUAGAUUACAAGGUAAUUAUGUGGUGGAGGAGAUGGAGAAAGUUUUGAAACUAGGCAUGCUUUGCUCCAACUCCAGGCCAGAUCUGAGACCUACCAUUAAGGAAGUGGUGCAGUAUCUUGAUGACAAUGCCAGUUUGCCUCAUACACCACUUGAAAGUGCCGAAAAUAUAAUAUCUUCCAUCCUUGAAACUUUACCACCUGAUCACAGCACUGAAACUAACAGAUCCAUAGCAAACAACUUGGCAUCUGAUUGUAUAAUUCCAUUAUCCUCGUCAGUUGUGAGAGCUUCUCCAAAUUCCAUUUCGAGUACAGAUACAGUUCUCCAUAUAGGUCGCUGAAGGAUCCAUUUUUCUUGUGAAAGCUUUAGACCUGUCAAAUUCAGAGUGGAAAGCUGAAUGAAGAGUUGGAAAUGUUGUACAUAUAUAGCUAUAACUUGUUCCUUCUUUUUUGAAUUUUUAGAACUGAUUUUUCUAAAUCUUCCAUACUUUUUUCCAGCUUUCUGAAAGGCAA